GGCUGCAUUUUAUUUGGUCUAUGCGGCAUGCCAUGGUGGAAAACUAAAUUAAUUAUAUUUAUAAAAAAAAACCCCUACUUUACCAUUCUUUUCCUCAUCCGCCCUUCCCAAUUCUUCUCUUUUCCUCUUUACAGAAAUCCCACCUUCAUUCCACCUAAACUUAAAAUCGCCGGCGACUCUCAAUCGACGAACGCACUCAUCAGCCUUGGUCCAUUCACCACUCGAUACGGUCCAGCUCGCCUCCGCGGUCCGACAAUACACAGUGAUUCAGACGUAGCAGCGACUGACGGAGGGAGGAUUUGCCGCAACAUCGACGGCGAUUUGCUUGUACCCUCUGCUCAUUGUCGAUUUCCGGCGGUGGCAUAUUUGAAAACCGCCUAGAUCUUUGGAAACCGCCCAGAUCUGGUGGUUUAUCAGGGAGGAAAUCUGCAAGGAGAUAGCGUCGAUUAGGUUUUAGUUUCUCGAUCUGCGAUGGAGACUGUUGCUCUCCCUCAGCGGCAUGAUUGCACGGCCACGAGACGAGUCAGGAUUUUGAGCGCGUCCUCUUCUUCACGGCUCUCAAGCUUCUGCUCCAGCAGGGAUUUCAGACACUCCACUGCCUCGGCGUUACCCACGAGAUUUUCGAAUAAAGGGGAGGUGAAGGAAGGAGACGAAGAAGAUGAAUCUCAUCCGGCAGCAGCUAGUCUGCCUCUUCGACGGUGGCCGAGAUCUCUUCAGCUAGAGUAGCAAAGGACUCGACUUUGGCUGAGUGGAGUACGAGGAGAUGGACGACGACGUCUACCCAGGUUUAUUUUGCCAAAGAUGGAUGAAGCAGGCGGGGGAUCCAUGUAGUAUUUGGGGGAAUUGAUGAAGCCCGUGAAAUCAGAAGGCUUAGUGGUGAGAAGUGACAAGGAAGAAGAAUUAAAGAGGAAUCAGAAGGGGAAGGAAGAAGAUGGACCGUAGAGAUUAUGGUGGUGGUAGUGGUGAGAGGGAUGAAUGGUUUGGUUAUUGUGAAUUUCAUUUGAUUUUUAGGUUUUUUAUGGCCAUGAAAAUGGAGUAGGUUUAUCGUCAAGUGGAGAAGGAGGUUUAGAGACGAUGGUCAAUUAGAUUAUUUAUUUAUUAUAUUUUUUUUGUAAUAAAUAAUAUUUUUAAUUUUUAAGCUGACAUGGCAUGACAUGUGGCAUGACACGUCGACUUAGAGUUGACGUAAAAGCUGACUAGGCGCCAUCUCAGCUUGUUGUUGACGGACGCCAACGGCAUCUCUAACUCCGUCAAUAAAUUUAACGGAAAUGGCUAUAAUUGUCAAGUUAGUUUCAAAUUUGUGGCUAUUUCUGUGUAUUUUUUCAAAUUUGGCUAUAUUUGUCACAAAGUGCAAAGUUAUGGCUAUGAAAGUGGAUUUUGCCUAAAAACUAUUGUAGUGGGUUUCAGUGUGAAGUUUCUUUCCAAAUUAUCCUUGCUGGUCAUACACAGAAUGCUCCUAUCCGACUUUUUGAAUGACCAUGAAUUGUAUUACCAUCCGAAUGCCAAAGACAUUCUUAUCAAUUCUUGGAAGUUCACUGUGUUUGAUUUUGCUGCAGUGGAAGCUCCACAUAUUUGACCUUGAGAAAGAGUUGGGGGUGAUUCCAACCAUCAAGUAUUCUUGUAAAACAUGAAAGGGGAGUACGCUUUUUCGCCCAAAGACUCUAAACACUGUUUCAAUUCUUGGCGUCUAGAGCCCAAGCAGUGGAGAAGCUCCUCGAAAGCACUUUCUUCCCCACUUAGAGUAGCCGUACCCUCGGUCCAGCAAAAGCAGGUCACCGCCCAUACUCCACAAUCAGCGCUACUGUGGCCGUACCUUUCCUACUAUCAAUUUCCACCGAAAUCAAGCAUACACAGGUCAGUGCUCGGUCAUGUCUGUCUCUUCGUCGUUCCAUUCUGCUAUCCCCGGUUUUCCCACUCCCUUAACCCUGCUCAUAGACUCGCUCACGCUACCUCCCACCAGUUGGCUACGAUUGUACUUGGUGAGAGGCAAAUGGUUCACCCUCUUUCCCACUCCACAAUCCCCUUCUUCUAUCUAGAUGCUGUGUUUCCGAAGAAAGGGAGGAAAAGGAGGGGAGGUGAAGGAAAAUUAGGAGGGGAGGGGAGAUUUGGAGGUGAGAGAAAUUGAGAGGAAAAUGUUGUUUUAUGAAAGAAAGUGGGAAGAAAAGUGGGUAUUGAGA